GGGAGGGAGGGUAAAUUUACGGAAUCACGCGCGUCUUACUGGAUAACGGGAAAGUUGUUUGAUUUUUCUGGCAGGUAAUUUCUAUUUAACUCCUAUUUGUCAUCACGAUUGUUUAUUAGUUGAGUACCUUAUCAAACCUAACCUAACAACCACGCAUUAUUCCUCAUCCCCUACGCUCAUAAAAAAGUAAAUGUCAUUAAUGACGUGUUUUAUAAUAACAUUCAGUUACUAAAAAAAAAAAAAAAAUCGUCUGCCAGUGUGACACGGGUAAUUCAGUAUUAAUACCCAAUUCAGUAUCAAUUCCCAUGUGUGUGUGUGUGUGUGUGUGUGUGAUAGAGAUAAAAAGAGAGGCUAUCCGGCGAGGUGGCAAGGUGGCCUGGUGAUGCCUCGGUACCAAGUCGUGUCAGGCGCUCUUAGUGGUUAUGAGAGUCAAUAUCGUGGUUGUCUUGAGUGAUACCAUCAAUAAAUCUGAAAACAUAAGAAGUCAUAAUGGACCACAGUUAUGUGAGCCGUCAGCAUCCACCUGUGGAUAAGGAGUCCUCUAGCGCCAUACCAAGAUCUCCUGUAGGCCGCCGGACUGGACGGUCUCGCAGUGUUUCAGAAUCUGGCCAUGGACCAGUUUCUUCUCAAGAUGUGCCAAUGAGACUGUCAACAUUGGCUACUCCUGCACGUAUCUCAAGCAAUUCUCAACAUGACUCCCAAACAAGAUCAGAGCGGCCAAGGAAGUCAAGAUACUCAAGUGGAAAGAGUCAGAGUAGUGGCCGUGUUGCUCGGGAAGGAAGGUCAUCUUAUGCAGAGAGUGGACAGGGAAGACUGCACAUGUAUAAAGCAGGAUCAUUAGGUUCAGAUGAUGAGGAUGGAAGUCCUCCAGAACCUAAGAGAUCCAAAGUAAAUCCUCUCCCAGAUAUUAUGCAUGACUGGGAGAUCAUCGUUAAAUCCCUCAAGGCCAAUGAACGAAGAGAAAAGUUGGAAGUUACUAAAGCCUCUAGUUCUUCUUCAGAAAAAAUUCAUAGUGUAUCAGACUCCUCUGGUUAUGAACAAAAAAUCACAGAUGAAAGUAUUGUUGCAGUUCGUAAAUUAGAUUUUACAAAUGCACAGAAAACUCAGGAAUUGGAUGGACAAAAAUCUGGAAGCAGAAAUACAGAAGCUGACAGUGACAAAGAAAACACUAAGUUGAGUGAGAGUGUUGAUACAGAAUCAAGAGAUGAUCAAGGCUCAUCAGUUCCUAAUGAAAAUGUAGAGUCAGUACAUUUAGAAAAUGGUGAACAGAAUGUAGAGACCUCAGGAGCCUGUAGUGUUGAAGAAUCCUCUGUGAACAGUAUUGGAAAAGAAGAUUUGAAUACAAGUGUGAUAAAUGUACCUGGGAGUAGUGAGAACCAGAGUGGUGAUCCUGAUAAAAAUAAGACUGAAAAACUCAAUGUUAAUGCAUCACAUGUGGAUGUUUCAGACAAAAGACAUUCAGGAAAUAAAUAUGAUGAAAUAUCAGACAAAAAUACAGGCUCACUUGCUGCAAGGAAGGCUCAGGAUAGAUGUGAAAAAAUUAAAGACAAAGAAACAAAGGAUUCCAGUAGUUUAGGAUACAGUAAGAAAACCACAGAUAUUCCAAAAAGAGAGGCUCCUAGAUAUACCAGUGUUGAUGCUCUCGACAGAUCUACAGUCUCUGUGAGCAAGCAGCAAUUUGCUAAAGAUAGUACUCUUCCCAAAACCUUUGAAAAAACAAAUGAUGUUUGCAGUUCAGAUACAUUAGCAGACAUAAAUGAAAGAGAGAGUCCUGUUCGGGCAUUUGGAAGAAAAUAUGUGUUAUCUAAAGGAAAAGAUGAAGUUUUCUUAGAUGAAGGGCUAACUAGCAAUAAUAAUGAAGAUAAUAUUGUUUCUGGUCUUUCGGAAUGUACAAGCAAAAAGAGGUCUUUUAUGAUAAGAAAAGGAUUCUCUAGUUUUGUUGAAUGUUGUGAUGAGCAACCGAAAGAGUUACUAAAUCCAGUAUCUAUCAGGAGUAAGUUUGACACUGGAUUUAAGGGACAAAAGAAAUCAUAUCAGGAGGAAAGAUGCAAGUCAGACUACAAAAUGAAGGAUUGUAAAGUUGUUUUAGAAAGAGAUUGUGAAUCUGCAGGUAGUGCAAAUAUUAAGAAAGAUAAAGACUCACUGAAGGGUAGUGGAAUUAGCUCUGUGCUAUGUAGUAAGGAAAGUUCAGGAGUGGAUGUGGCAAGACUAAGACAGAGCAUCUCCUCAGAAAAUGUCCUUGUAGGAAAAGCUCAGGGAAAAACUGUCAUUUCAAAGUUAGAGUUUCAAGAUCUUUUUGGAUCAGUAGAGGAGGAGAAAGUUGCUGCUUAUGACUUUGAGGGCUUCUAUAAAAGUUCAUUUGAAAAUAUGUGGGAAAGUGGUGAUGAAGAAGUUGAAGCAUUUGAAGGUUUUGCUUCAGAUGAUGCUGCAUUGAAUUUAGAACAUUUAUCAAAGCCUGCUUACAGCUAUCAAAUCACAAGUUCAGAAAGUUGUAUUGAGUUGGAUAGUGGAAAAGUUUUAAGAAAAGGGAAGGUCAGAUUUGAUGCCAAAAAAGUUUGCCAUGAAUGUCAGCUAAUAUUUGAGACAAAGCAAGAAAGGCGGCAACAUUGCCAUGUUGGUCACAAAAGGGUAUAUGAGUGUAUGUUUGAUGAGGGAAGCUGUGGAAAGAGCAUUGGUGCUGUACAAUAUCAUGCUCAUUUGUGGGACCGACAUGACUAUCUUAUUAAACGGAUUAUUGAGGAUCUGACUGGUGAUGUUGCAUCUUGUACGUUGGUUGGUUCAGCAUCAGAUACUGCUGGUCCCUGUCGAGUUUGUCUCUGUAUGCUUACACAACCAGCCCGGCAGCUCCAUGAACUCUUGGUGCAUGGCCUGAUGUCCAGCAUGCUGACCCUGGGCUCCAGCUCCCCACAGGCUAGUGUGUGGUGGACUGGAAGAGGUUUAGCCUGGACUUGCCACCAGUGUUCUGCUUCUAAUUCCUCAGUUCAAAAUCCAAAGUACCUCUUGUUGUUGUGUGCUCCACAUGCAUUCCCUAAGCUAUUGGCAAACCACUUGGUUAAUGUACACCUUAUGAGUGAUACUCUGUUACACGGUUGGUGGUUAGUGUUACGUCUACUACUUUCAUUGCCACAGGUUCACCGUGUGUCCCUAGCAUCCAUUCUUGCUCUAGGCUUGCAAAAUGAUUUAUCUUCAACCUGUUGCCUUAUGUGUAAACGUUCACUUGCUUUUAUGGUGAGUCCUCAGUUGGAAGAAUCGAGGGGAUUAUGUGCAUGGUGUUUGGAUAUGGCAAAGGAUAGCUUAGCAUGUUGGUUCUUAUGUGGGUAUCCUUAUCCAAGUUCUGAGUCACAGCUUACAUCUCAUCUUUUGUCAAAUCAUGCUAGCCAGCUUUCUGGAGGUUGGUGUGUUCUAUGUGGUCAGUGGGUGAAAUGUCUCCUUUCUCAUGAUUUAAGCCAUACUUAUGUUGAAAAGAGUAUUUCACAUUUCUACUGUACUUUUUGUUCAGAAAGUCUGGCAGGUCAGAAUGUACUAUCAUGGGCAAUCCACUCCUGGUCUGCUCAUGUUUACCCCUGUCCCUUCCCUACUUGUGUCACCUACCACAUGACUGCUGAUGGAGAGGGACAAGUCAAACCAUUUAAGACAGUGUUGCCCACCUCCAUACAUUUAGCAGCUCACAUCAAUGCUUAUCAUCUUUCAACUGAGAAAAACUUGCGGCUGGAUGAACUUGCUAUGCUCCUCCAGUGGGUGAGAGGUGGCCGCGGAGGAAUGUUGAUGGCAGCAGAUGCACAUUAUUUGAAUGCAGUGUGGUAUGAUCAUAUUGGGGAAAUAUUCACUCUAGUUCGUAAUCCACCCAAUUUACAUCUCUCUAUGACUGUAAAAGUUUGGUGUACAUGUGCUCUCUGUGGAUGCUCAACAUUCCUAGUGCUUCGCUACAGAGAUUGCAGUCCAUCUCCUAUUUGUCCAGAGUGUCGUUAUGGUCUCAGACGCUGCCAGAUUGGACCACCAUGGAAAUGCCCCUCCAAGACUUGUGAUUUUAUCAUUCCCCAAGCUGCUGGUCUUUAUGUUCACCUGAUGGAAUCCCCCAAGCAUAGACAUACCAUUAAGCCUAACUUCAAGUAUCUGACAUUGCCCAGUCGUUGUUCCAAAUGUGAUUCAACAGAAACAUUUCGAGACCGAUUGUCACUAUUCUGUCACCAUCUUCUUUCUCACACACUUGCAUGUCUUGUUUGCCCAUUUCAUGCUAUCACAGCUACAUCCCUACAACAUCACCGAAACACUUGUCAUGAUUUGAGAUCCUGGGACACAGUAUGGACAAGUCUUACCAACAAGCACCAGGUUAGAGAAAAGUACAAAGGAUCAAAUGUUGAAUCUGCUAAACAAGAAAGCUGUUUGAUGCUUGUAGGUAUGAACUCUGCUGGAGGUGUGAUAGCUCAGUGUGAUCCAUUCAUAAAUACUGCUCCCUUAAUACAAGCUGCCCAGGAAAGUGUUGAAAUUGGACAGAGGCAGCAGAUGGGAAAAAUAGCUGUUGAGGAAUGUCUGGAAAGUGAAGAUGAAAGUAAUGCUGGGUGGUGUGAGUCUUUAUGUACUGUAUCCAUGUCCCCCCAUAAAUUGACUCCACCUACAAGUGAUACCACUCAAAAUACUGAAAAAAUGAAAAAUACUAGAAAAGACAGAAUUCAGUCUGAGCAAUCCACUUUUAUCACCAAAGCUCAAAGUGUAUCUGAAAGUACAGUGAAGUCUUUGAAAAGUGAAGUUGGUAGCACUUUGGCCUCUGCUGCUGAACCUGCAGUUGAAAAAAGAAAAGAUGAACUUGUGGAACCUCAGAAAGAAUAUGAGGAAGAAGAUGACAGUGGGAGUGAACCACCUUUACAAAUUGAUACAGCUGCUGCAUCUCCUAAUUCUGUACGUGAGUCUGGUCCUCCUAGCCCAGGAUCUCCUGUGUCAUGCCCUAGUACUCCUCAGGCAAGGCCUGCCCCUGCACAAACUCAAAGCAGACUUUCAACUUUAAAUACCAGUGAAGAAGGAGUAAUUCCUUCAAAGACUAAAAUGUCAGAAGCUUUAAGUUCCAACAGUACAGAGAAAAAGGAAUCAGGCAAACAAGAGAAAUCAGAUCAGUCACAAGUUGAGGGUGGAAUGUUAACAUUUGGAUUAGUUGAUGCUUUGAACAAUGUUGUGGCACAAACUUUUCGUACUAUGACAGAAGUUUUAACUGAACAGUUGCAGCAGAAGGAUGAAGGGAAAAAUAAACCUAGUGGAAAAAAUUCUGCAGAUUCAACUGAAGCUGUUUCCCAGGACACUGAUACCUCACAGUCAAAACCCACUGUAGAAAAAAAUGGUAGGAGAGGAGAACCAAAGCCUGUUCCAAAGGGUCUUGGAGAAAAUGCAGACAUUGAUAUAACAUCUAUGGGAGAGAAUAUUUUGCAAGAUCUUUCUGACAAGUUUACAGGCCAGUGUGUUGGGUGUGGCGUCAGUGUUCUUUUGCCACGUCUUUUGCUGCAUUUGAAUGAAGUUCAUUCUGAGUCCCUUAUUACAUGUACAUGUGGAGCUUUUCAGGGAAGUCUCUACGCAUUCCUUGUUCACUCUUUCCAUCUGUCUCACUUGCCAAGUGAGGCUCGUCCUUUAAUGUUGUCCACACCAGAUGGUAGCCAGAAAACUAUGAUAGUUUUAGAAGCAAGAUCAUCCUCACUCACCUAUACAUAUCCAUGUUUCAAGUGUGGCAAAAGAUUCAAGCAGGAGAAAUCUAGACAGCUUCACUAUAACCUCUGCAAAUUGGAAAAAAAAUUUGAAUGUGAAGUUUGUGGUGAGAAGUUUGUGCGUGACCACCACCUAGUGAAGCACAAGGAAUGGAAACAUAACCCUCAGACCUGCCCUCAUUGUGGAAAAGGUUUCACUUCUGAAGUCUCUUUAACUCAACAUGUUCUGCACAUACAUAAAAAGUUAUUGGCCCACAAGUGUGAACAGUGUGGAGACAGAUUCAGCACUCGGUCUAGACUUAAAGUGCAUUCACGCAUCCACACUGGAGAGCGUCCACAUAGCUGCCAACACUGUAUACAGGCUUUUGUAUCAAAAAAUUUAUUAGCCAAACAUGUGGCCUCAGACCAUCCAGGCCGAACAUCAAAUUACCAAUCAGAUUCAAGUGAAGACCUUAGCCGUUACAAAAGCCGUAAGCACAGAACAUCUUUAGAAAAAUCAGCAAAGAAGAAAGGCAGCCAGGAAAGUGAUUCUGAUUCAGAUGCUUCAGAAAUAGAUGGUCCAACCACGCAAGACAGUAAAACAUCAAAACCAGCUGAUGAUGACAAAGUAGCAGAGCAAGAAUUCCAAACAAGACUUGUUAUGUUAGCUAUGACAGAGUCUGACUUAGAAACUUCAGAAUCUGAAUCAGAAACCAUAGCUUCUCAGCAUGGGAAACAGGUUGGUAAGCAAAAGAAUGUAGUUGAAAGGAAGUCUGAAAGUCCAAGGGAAGAGUAUCAUAAUUACAUGUUUGAUCUUUCAAAUAAUGAGGAUCAAAAAAAGAAAAGAAUAACAGAUUGUUCCAGUAGUGUUGUUGGAGCCAUUGGAGGAUCUGUGACUGAGAAUUCUGCUUCCCUGGCUGUGCGGGAGGACAUGCUACAGAUAGUGGAGAGAGCAGUGGGUCUCCGAUGUGGGCCAUGCCAUCAAACUUGGAGUGACCCUGCAGGAAAACUUCUACACAUGUAUCUAGUUCAUCCACAACUUGUCCUAAACCUUGGACUCACAGAGUGCGCUUUUUGUAAUUUCUCCUUCUCCACAGCUGAUGACAUCAAUGACCACCACCUGGCUCUCCAUCAGCGGGCAAUGCUGCCAGAUGGAACUUUUCGCUGUUUGUGUGGUCUUGUAUUCCGUGAGGAUGGGGCUUACUAUUUCCACCUUUAUUAUGCCCACAAGGCCCAGCGGGCCCUUAAUGUUGGUGGAGAGAUCGUCUGCCGGGUGUGUGAGACCCGUCCGCGUCUCAACAAGAUUGUUGACCUGGUGGUUCACUUAAGUGACACACAUACCAUGUUUGAUCAUGUAAGAGUAAAUGAUGCUUACAUGUGCAACUUUUGUUACAAAGCAUUUGAGUCAUGGACUGUAUUAAGUUUACAUUUCUUUAUGGUACAUAAAGCUACCAAAAGUCAGACCCAUAGUUAUGACUGCCCUUAUUGUGAAGGAGCUUCACCUUGGCACUCCCUGGAGGCAUUGCAGUAUCACUUGGAUAAUGUUCAUCCCUCUCACCAACGUGUACAUAAAGUGCCAGAAAACUCAUGUAGUAUUUACAUGCCAGCCUCACGUGCUGCUCUCACCCCAGCUUCUGCAUCAAGGAAUAAAAGAAAGAAGCCUGUAAACAACAGUGGUGCUAAAUCUCCCCCAAAGAAACGUAAGAGAGCACCAAAGAAGAAAGUCUAUGAGGGUGCAAGCAUGGAAGCAGAUGAAACUCUGUACUGUAUUUGUCAGUGUCCCUAUGAUGAGGUAUCGGACAUGAUAGGCUGUGACAAUCCCUCGUGCCGAUACCAGUGGUUUCAUUUUGAGUGUGUUGGGAUAAUGGCUGCACCAGAAGGUAAUUGGUAUUGUCCAGAGUGUACCACCACUCUCAAGGUGGCAGAGAAGCAGCAGAGAUCACAAAAACAACAGCCCCAUGCUGAUCUCUAUGAAUAUUAUAGUAAUUUUGAAACAGACUCACAGGCUCAGCCUCAAUCUCAACCUGAGACUCCGGCUAAACCACCCAGUCAGCGACAGCAUUCUUCCUCUUCUUCUUCCUCAUCUUCCUCUUCUUCCUCUUCUUCAAGUGAUUCUUCCUCUUCUUCUUCUAGUAGUGAUUCAAGUAGUGACAAUGAAAAUAAUGACAACAAUGACUGAGAAAUGUACUGAAUAUUGGAACUGUAUAGCUCAACUUGAUAGACUGUUCUUUGUCAUGUUCAGUACAAUACAUACUUGUAAAAAAAGAAAAGUUGUCUAAGGUUGUUAAUUACUUUUCUUAGUCUGGUAUUUUCUUACUGAAAUAGUCUGUUUUCAUUGUAGAUGGAUAUUCAGUUUUUGGUUAUGUUUUGCCAUAAUAAUUGCUCUUUGUAGUGUAGAAUUUUCAUUGAGUUACUACUAUGAUGGUAGAAGUUUUAGACUGCAGUACCGUACCUGAAAACUAAAACUGGUUAAAAGCACUGCUAGAUGGUAGCCUAAAUUCAUUACCUUCAACGAAGAUGUGCACUGGUGACACUAAGUGUCAUAUACUACUUGCCUUGGCUAUGAAUGAAGCUUUAUUGAUUCCAUUAUGUUUUGGGAUUGGAUUAUGAAUGGAUUAACCCUAUAGUUCAUAGGAAACAGUCCAAAUAAAGUACAUUGAAUGUUGUGUUAGCUUCUGCAAUUGUAUGUUUUUUUUUUUUUUCAUGUAAUAUUAGGAAAGUUUAGGUGCCAAAAUGUAUCAAAAUUUACAUAACUACUAGUUUAAUACAGUUUUCAUGACACUGAAAACCUGUACCUUUGUGAUAGUGUUAUUUUAUAUAACAAUUUUUUGUUGUGUUUGCAGACCUUCAAUAUUUUAGAUGUUUGACAUUUUAUAACUGUGUCAUGAAACUCAGGAAGCAGUUUUAGGCAGCAACCUUUGCUUUGUUUUAUUCUUUUUAAAAGCAAAUUUCUACUGUGGAUAUUUUGUAAUUUUUUUCCUUUUCAAAGCUGGAGGACUCUAAUGUUUUUUUUAUAUUAUUAUUAUUAUUAUUAUUAUUAUUAUUAUUAUUAUUAUUAUUAUUAUUAUUAUUAUUAUUAUUAUUAUUAUUAUUAUUAUUGGUUUUGAUAAUGAUAAUAGUAGGUAAUAACAAUUGUAAAAUUUGCCUCUGGCAUAAAACAAAUUUUUUGAUCUUGGUCUUCAUAUAAUUCUUUAGCUGAAGCACUGUAAAAUGAGUGAAGAGAAAACAUAGAUUCUGUACCUUUGUAUACCUGUUAAUGGAUAAUAUGAUUGUAAAUAGUCUGGCUUAUGUACAAAAUGUAUUAGUAAAUCUGAUGUAGCAAAAUGUUUUAUCAAAUGCGUUUGUUUGCCUCUUUUGAAAGGGACAUCACCGAGCAUUGUAGAACACAACAAAAAAUAUAUGAUCAGUAACCAAGUAGAAAAAUGCUGAUGUUGAUACGAGUGAGGCACGGUACUGUCAACAAUAAAUUGUGCUGUUAGCCUUAAUUGAGAAACAUUGACUAGGCAGAUCCAAAGUUACAUGUGUUACAUCCGGUGUUUGUCAGCUUUACUUUUGGUGUGGGCGGUACAUUCACAGACUCUGCACACAUUUUGGUACCAUCGUAUAAACUGCAUAAAUGUAUAAUUUUUCCUUACAUUAAGGAACACUAAAAUGUUGGUUUCAUGUUGUUUCAGGUUUGACAUAUAACUACAAAUUUGCAUUUAGUGUAUUUUUCCUUUUUAUUCAAGUUAAUAAAUAUAAAUGUUUUUGAAAAUGUGUGUGCAGUAUUUUCUGUUACGAAAAUAUGAAAACUGUAAAAAAUGACCAGAUCAUUUUAUGAAUGACAGUCAAACUUGCCUCAAGUCAUUGAGCCUUUACAGUUAAAUGUGUUUUGACAUUAUUUUUACCAAUAUUACUGAUCUCAGGGACAUAAGAAUAAGUAAAGUUACCUGUUUGUACUACCUACCAGUAUAUGUGGCUGUAUGUUAUGAGUGUAGAUCAUUGCAUUGUUCAGCUUGGUAGUUGUAUAUAUUUUUUGAUUGAUGUAUCUCUUAUUGAUGAUUUCAUUCUCAUUAUAUUAAGUUUGAAUUAUUUAGUGAUUAUCAAAACAAAACUUCAUUGUUUGCAAGUUUAAAUAAUUUAGUUAUCAAAACAAGACUUCAUUGUCUGCAAGUUUAAAUUAUUUAGUUUUUAUCGAAACAAAACUUCAUUGUCUGCUUAAAAUCCCUGCAUGCUCUUUUAGUGUUUUAAACUGUGACAAUACACACAUCCAAGAGAUUGAUCAGCUACUUCACUGGCAUCAUUCUGCUGAUGUUUCAUAGUUUGUGGAAAUGAACUUGGAAACACCACCUGAGAA